CCUCGGUCGGAGCGACUGCGGGGAGGGAGGGGGAGGGGUGGCUCUGACUUACAGGUAACUGCGCCCCUGCCGGGCGCGCUGCGCCCCCAGCCGGAAUCCCCUUUCCGUUGCUUCACUGCGCGCACUGGCGAAAUAGAGGCUAGGCGAGCGCCUUUGCCCUGUCCGCGCUUCUGCCACACUCCGCGUGAGUCUCCCAGGUCCUGUCCCGGCCGGGUCAGCUUCGGACGCCCGGGGGGGCCGAGAUUGCCCCGGUCCCGACACCUGCUGCUGUCCCCAGACACAGAUCGGGAGCUCAAGGACGCAGGCGUCCAGUUUCCCCUAACCUUGAGGACCCGGAAAGCGGGCAGUUUCUUGAGGACAAGGACUGUGUUUUAUACAUGGACCUAGCUGGCCACUUGGCAUAUGCAAGCAAAUGCACGAUGUGGAUGUAUCAUAGGGUGUGCACCGUGGCCAUGACUAGUGUCAGGCUGCCUGCCAGUAUUUUGAGAAAACCGGAUGCCUGGGUCAGACUCUGGGGAGCGGUACGUGGGACGCCUUCAUACAAGCUCUGUGCUUCCUGGAAUCGACACUUAUAUUUUUCUAGUACCAAAUUAAAUGCAUCAAAUUAUAAAACACUUUUACAUAACAUUUUCUCAUUGAGACUCCCGGGACUUUUACUACCUCCAGAAUAUAUUUUCCCAUUUUCCAUGAGAUUCAAAAGUAAUAUAAGCUCUAAAAAAUCUGCUAAGAAGACUCUGCAGAAAGUUGAGGAUGAAGAGGACUCUGGUGAAGAGAGCGGCCACGACGAGCUGAGUGAGCAGGAAGAAGGGCCGGGGGACGACCCCAGCGUGGUCAGAGACUACAAAGACUUGGAGAAGGUCGUGCAGUCCUUUCGGUAUGAUGUUAUCCUGAAGACAGGCCUGGAUAUUGGAAGAAACAAAGUGGAAGAUGCAUUCUACAAAGGUGAACUCAGGCUGAACGGGGAAAAAUUAUGGAAGAAAAGCAGAACGGUGAAAGUGGGAGAUACAUUGGAUCUUCUCAUUGGAGAAGAUAAAGAAGCAGAAACAGAGAUAAUGAUGCGGAUUCUCCUGAAAAAAGUAUUUGAAGAGAAGACGGAAAGUGAGAAAUACAGAGUAGUCUUACGACGUUGGAAAAAGUUAAAAUUGCCUAAAAAGACUAUGAUGAAAUAAACGAAUUGCUUUUUUUUUUUCAAGGGAAAAAGCUGCUGUCUAAUGGGGAAAAGAGCUAGCUCAAAAAACAGACAUUUUUAUUAAAAUAAAGCUCUUGUAUCAUUUGUGGAAUCUACUGGGCCAUCCUAUGGAAAUUGGAAUCCGUAUCUCGGAGACACUCCCAGUGGCCUGGAUUUUCCUUCUGGGCUUGAUUUGUGCUUGUUUGGACCCCUUGAGCAUGAGCGAGGUGUAUGCUGAAUGCUUGAAGCCCAGGCAGGGUUUUAAUGAUCAGCCUGCUGUCUGCUGUGGUAACCACAUCACGAGGCAGCAUGAAAUGCACUGGCCUGGUUGUCAGUGUUCUCAUUCCAGUUUUAUCCCUGUCGGCCAGCUUCCCUGGGUUCAGGCUUCUUAAAGGAAAACCAAGCCAAGCGAAGGUCGCCCAGGGGAGCAUCGGGAGACCUCAUUCACCACUGGCCUUUCUGAAUUACCAACAUUGCUGGCCUUAGUUUGUCCUUAGAAGUCUGGGUGAGUCAAGUUCCACCGAAUUCCAAGUGGGAAGGCAGUUAGUUAGGGCUCAUUUAAAAUUAAUUGUCUGGGGCAGGGGUUGAUCAACUAAGGCAGCCAGAGGCCUUUCAGAUGGUACGUAAGAAUGGUUUUUACAUUUUUAAAAGGUUGUCUAAGAAACAAAAAGGAAUAUAUGACAUGACCUUGUGUGGCCCACAGAGCCUAAAAUAUUUACUAUCUGACCCUUUGUGGGAAAAAUGUGAUGACUCCCCCUGGUAUAGGGUAAUAGGCUGAGGGUUUAAUUUUCAGGCGAAAGUAGAAAAUAGAUUUUUAUCAAUGAAGAGAAUAAAGACUCAGAAACUAAUCUAAUUCUUAAGAGUUACAAAAGGGACAGAGCCUAAGAACACAGAGUAGUAUUAGAGGGCACACACACAAAUAUAGGCCAUUUAAGGAAAGGCCGUCUGCAUAAAUAAAUUAGUCUUUAGACUCCUAGGGGCUGUUCCUUAGCACUGGCAGGGCCAGCCCGUUGAGAGUGAGGUUGGCGGCAGCGCAGGCAGAGCUCUGCAGCCCGAAGCAGUGGGCCGUUGGGGCCCAUGAUUCUGGAAGGAAGGCUUUUACCAGCUCAGCUUUCAGAAGACCAGGGAACACCAAUUUUUAUUUGAAAUCUUAAAUAAGUUCUCAGGAAGAAAUAGUGUAUUCUGUGCACUGAGUCAGAGGGGAUUUUUCUAUUUUACCACUUAUUAAUUGGGUUCUACUGUCAUCAGUGAAAAUAUGUUUAAUUUUGACAUUAUGAAUUGUAAUUUAGAUUAUACUGACAUCCAUACUUUUUCUCAUUCCCUUCACCUGCCCCUUUUCCCCUCUCCCUGUCUUCCUGCCUCUCCCUCCCUUCUUGCUUCUCUCUCCCUGUCUUCUCUUGGUUUCUCCAUGGGAAAUAACAGUAAGCCCCAGAAGCCUUGGAUGGUGAGGGACAGCAUGAGAAGUGUUGGGGGUCCUGGUUUUUAAGCUCAGUCUUGGCAUCAGCAAGUUGGGUGACCUUGGUCAGAUGGGGAUCAGGUUACUAAUUGCCUUACCUGUGUCUUUGAAGGAGGAAGAAAGUGAGAAUGUACAAAGCUGAUGAGUUGGUGGUAGGCAGAGAGCAGGAGGGGGGCCGUAUGGAAGGCUUUUUGGAGCUACUGGUAAUUAGUCCCUAACUUAGCUGCCCGGCAGGGUUUGACCCGUUCCAGAUGUCUCCAUUUUUUUUUAUGGUUCCCCCCCCCUUUUUUUUCUUUUUCUCUCUUAUCAUGUUUCUUCUUAUAGGUGUCAAAACUCAUCCCAAACAAUGAGUUCUGGGUUACAAAAGAGGAUUUAUUUCUGCACCUGUAUGUAGUCUUUGUCCACAAAUCCGUUUUUAAAAAUCAAACUAGGAAAGAAGAUACCUGAUGAUGGAGAAUGUUGGUUUGAUCACAGCACAUGGCAAAAACUGAUCAGAAACAAAAGCAGUUCAUAAAGAUUUAUGGAACUCUUGGAGCUCACUCAUGCUGUUGUUUAUAAUGCUGUCCUGGCAAAGCCUCCUCAGUGAGGAUGUGGCCACCACAGUGAAAAGAUAAGAAAUUUGGAUGUUCCUCAUGCACUGGUUCUGAACUGGGGGUGACUUGGCUGCCCGAGUACAUUUGGUGAUGUCUGGAGAAAUUUGUGGUUGUCACAAAUGAGGGGGUUUCAUGGGCAUCGAGUGGGUAGAGACCAGGGACACUAGUGAACACCAUCCGUACCGUGUACCAACCGCCUGCAUGACAGUUAUCUGAUCCAGCACGUCCGCAGUGGUGAGGCUGAGACACCCUCCUCCAGUGGGGCGGCGAGGAAGGUUUUUGUUAACAGUUUUUGUUUUCCCACAAAGGUAUGGAAAUGCUUCUAGUGUUUGUGCUUUUUAAAGAAUCAACAAUGUCAAAGUUAGGCUUUGGUAGAGGCCAGUCCAGCCCUUUCACCAGUAAUGGUUAAUCCUUUCAAAGAAAGGGCGCCCUUAUGGGAAAUACAGUGCUAAUUGCAUUUCUCUGCUAAUAGCAUUUAUACCUUUCCUGGAAAAUUAUACAGAUGGCUAGGCAAUAGUUUCAUUAUCUUUUUAGCGUCUGGGGGAUAAGUCAUGGUUUAUUUGGUCAAUAAUGAUUGGGGAGGUAGAAACAUAACUACCAUUUUUCAAGAAACUAAAAAGAAAACAGAUUUCAUUUGGGGUGGCAGUGUGUGUUCCAUGAGCCUUGAAGGGUAAGCAGGGUAUAUCAAAACAUUCUGGUAAAGUUCUGCUUCUCUUUGUUUAAGACAGAGGGGAAGGGAGGAAGAAGGGAAGAGAAACAUUGAUGUGGAAGAGAAACCGGUUGCCUCUCAUACGUGCCCUAUCGGGGACCCAGCCUGCAAACCUAGGUGUGUACCUUGACCAGGAAUCGAGCGAACAUUUUGAAGGAUGACACCCAACCAAUUGAGCCACACUGGUCAAGGCUCUGCUUUAUCUCGGUCACAUAUUUUUUGGCUUUCAAAAAAUUACUAUCAUAAUGAUCGGACAAUUUACUGAUGAUCUCAGGGAGUAGUGAAGGAAGUUAUAUAAAGUCCAUGGAGCAGACUCAGGAGAACAGAAUUUGUGUCUCCCAACCUUCUUUCUCUUGAUUUUUGGAGAAAUAUCAAUCCAUUAUUCCACUUAAUUAGGCAUUGAUUGCUUGAUUGCUUGAGUCUCGUAUGCACACUUACUGGGGAUUGAACCCACAACCUUGGUGUACCUGGACGAUGCUCUAACUACCUGAGGUGCCUGGUCAGGGCCAAACUUCAUUCUUUCAGUGAGUCACAUCAGUUGCUUGAAACCAGCCUUCGUACCCAGCCUCCAGGUUCUGUCAUUUUUUUCUCAUUUUCCUGUAUUUCCACUGGUCCUCCGUAACUUUAGCCCCCUAUUGUCGUGUGUGAUGUGUAUCUUUUUGUAUGUAUUGUAAAAUGUUUUGCUGUUCUAUGUUAAUAUGUCUAAAUUUCAUAAAUGAUAAUACUAUA